CAACAGCAAAGCUACCUUGUGGGCGAACGGUGAAGCUUUCGAUGUUGAGCCGAUGGGAUGGUCUCCCGAAUGCGCUUUUACUGAACGCCCUCUCGUAGCCGUUAAUGGCGUAGGGUGUAAAGCUACUGACUACCCACAAGAGGCUUUAGAUUCGGUUGUAAUGGUUGGUUCGGGCGGAUGUUCCCUCUCUGACAAGUCGAUAGCCGCGGGUGAAGCUGGAGCCAUAGGCCUCUUAAUGUAUGAGUUCACGCAGCUCACUCCAAGCUUAGGCGGGCUUAACGAUCGUCAUAUCCCAUCGGCGAAAAUAGCUUACAGGGAUGCUGAGCGCAUUCUGGCACAUAGACUUCCCCUGUCCGUCAACAUUUUCGACAUUUAUAUGCAGUACAAGGAGGUCUCUAGCUACAACGUGUUUGCAACCUAGGAAUAUGGAAACAGGGACAAGAUGUUGUUGGUUGGUACGCAUACCGAUUCAGUCAGUUCAAGCGCAGGCAUCAACGACAAUGCCAGUGGUGUAGCCAGUCUUCUAGAGAUAGCCACGCAGCUCUCAAAGUUCAAAACGAACUCAACAGUCAAGUUCGCCUUUUGGACAGCCUCAGAACCAUGCUUGCUAGGCUCCAAACACUGGAUGUAUACUGCCCACAGGGAGGAGCUUCAGAAAAUACGUCUUUACCUCGAUGCCAACAUGCUCGGCUCACCCAAUGGCGCCCUCAAGGUAUAUGACGGGCAUGGCUCCUCUUUCGGGACACCUGGACCACAUGGCUCCGGAGAAGCCGAGACAACUCUAACACAAGGCUUUGAGGCUCAGGGCGUCAAUUUCACAAGGACCGAGAUCAGUAACCGUAGCGACUACGCUACAUUUUUUGAUGCCCAGAUCCCUUUUGCCGGUCUUUUCAGCGGCGCCAACGGAUUAAAGACAUGGAAGGAGGUAGGUAUGUUCGGAGGCGACGCCGGGGUUCCAUACGACGCAAACUAUCACGAGCGAGACGAUAAUAUACAUAAUAUCAAUAUGACAACCCUGUUGCAAAACACAAAAGCAUUAGCCCACGCCGUCGGAGUUUACGGAAGAAGUCUUGACAACUUUCCGGCAUCAGCAAUCCGGCAUUACGGCACGUCAACGGAAUAUCUAUACCCACUGCUGGCCUCAGCAUGGGUUGCAUACUACUUGUUGUCAUAACUAGUGUAAGCUAAUUAUACCCUUUGGAUCCGAUUACACCACUGGGGGGGCGGUAAUGCUGAGAACGAGUACGUAGUAUUAAUUAGAACACCUACACACAUCGCGUAAUUGCGAAAUAAACCUU